CGCGAGACCUGCUGCUCAUCGUUGCACGCGUCCUCCAGCGUGUCGUCCACGUUCAUCUCGCUCGCUUUAUAUACCUUGCGACUGUACGCACAUUCUGCGUCGUAAUCAUGGCGGCACCACCGCAACCUCACCCUUUCCUGCACGAACCGCUGCUCUACAUCUCUGGUCUUCCUUCUUACGUCUCCGACAGCGCACUCGCGCAGGCAUUCGAAUCUUGCGUUCCGUUCCGUCCACAUAUCGUCAGAGAUGGCUCUGAUAGGCCGCUUUCUGGAUCCAUCGAGUUCAGGGAAUUGGAUAAAGCUGAAAAGGCACUUGCAACGCUUCAAGGCCGUCCAGUUCCAGGCGCUGCUGCCAACGUAGCUAUUCGGCUCUCGCCCUUUCCACCUGACCAGCAGGCUCCUACUCCCACUCCAUCCGCUUCUCCCCGAAUCGUGAAGCAGCUCCCGCCUGGUUACACAGAUUCUCAAUUAUACGAUCUCUUUAGACCCUUCGGACCUCUUGCCAGCGUCCGUACACAGACACUGUUCGGGACAGAUACCGGUGUACUCGAAUAUUGGCGCGAAGAAGACGCAAAAGUCGCAGAAGCAGAGAUGCAUUGCGCUGAAGUCGAGAAUCAGAAUAUUGCUGUACAAAUAUAUCACCCACGUCGUGCUCCCGGAGGACCUGGAGAAUUUAGUCCCGUUGCUCCUCCAUUUGUUCCGAGCGGAGUCCCAUACCCUCCACAUACUGGUCGUGGAGCGUCUCAUUCGCCAUCUCCGAGGCGGAUGUCUGGACCAUUUGUUCAUGGGCCCGGGCAGCAAGUUCAGUUCGCGCCGCUCAGUGGUCCUGGGGCUGGUAGCCAUAGUGGACUGAUUGAUCCAUGCAAUUUAUUCGUGAAGAAUAUCGACGAGACCAUCGACUCGGGGACAUUAUUCCAACACUUUACCCAGUUUGGACAGAUUGUUAGUGCGCGUGUGAUGCGGGAUGAGAGCGGGCGCAGUCGUGGUUUCGGCUUCGUUUCUUACCAGACACCAGACCAAGCCGCUUUAGCACUGCAUUCUAUGAAUGGCGUCGUACUCGGUCAGAAGCAAAUUGUUGUACGCCUCCACGAGCCGAAACAACUUCGGCAAGAGAAGCUUGCAGCGCGUUUUGCGGGUGGGCAUAACAAUCAUCCUCGCAGCCGAAGUGGCGCAACAAGUCCAACCGCAAGUGAGGGAGGCGAUAGUCAUGGUUGGCCAAGCCCUCACGGAGGGUUUCAAAGUCUUGCAAGUCCAGCAUCGGGAUACAGUGAGCGACUUGGUCCUGAACAACGUGCACGUCGUGGUUCUGGCAGCUACUACAACGCUGCGCUUUCUGGACAACUCCAGAUGGCUAUGUCCUAUGACGAACUAUCUGCGAUGUCAUCUGUGGUAAGGAAGGAAGUACUCUCAGGAGACCUGCAGCGACGGGUGAAGUCGCUCAAUGAAGUCCCGGAAUCCGAGGUCGAUGGAGUCGUCAACGCUCUUCUCGGAUUGUCACUUGCAGAAGUCGUCGAUGCUAUUCAUGAUUCGUCUCGUUUCUCUGCGGCCGUCCAGAAUGCUCAGAAAUCAUUAAAGAGCGCACCUGAAUCCCGCGAUAAGUCCAAAGAGCGAUCUAGGAAGUCCCCUUCUCCAGCAGAGUCGGCAGAUUCGCGAUUGCUGGAUCCAAACGUUUUGGCUGCUACAGCAUCCGCACCCGACCAUCCGUCAACACCCAUUUCGCACUCCUCACCACUCUCGACGCCGCCGCGUACAUCGUCCCCAGCGUCGAAUGCAAUUCCAGGUGGAGGAGGAGCAUCAGAGCGCGAACGCCUUCGCGCAGCUGUUGGGAGAAUUGAACCCGACUCAGAUCGUGCGGCAGCGAUCACCGAGCUACUUAUGAGUCUCAGCAAGCGCGAGCGCGCUAUGUGCCUGUUCAACGUCGAAGUUCUGCGUGGGAAGGUUGCGGAUGCCAAGCUUGUGCUUGAUAGUGAUGACGGUGAUGUCGAAGAACCAUCCGCGGUCACUGCGCCAGUGACUCCAGCAAGGAAGUCCACCGCAUCAAGUGCUCUCGAGGACUCGCCUCAGACGCCGGCCUUGUCAUCUCGUGCGCCAUCGGCGGCGGCAUCUCCUGCUGCGCCUUUGACGCCACCCAGCAAGUCCGUAACGGGCACUCUUAGCGCAUUACCUACUUCAGUCGACAAGCUCGCACAGUUGCCAGCUGCGAAGAUCAUCGAGAUUGUGCGCGAUAACUCGACGGCUGAAGCGCUGGGCCUGUCCAAGGCGGACCCACUUAUUAUAAAGGCUACGGAUGAGUUCGUUGAUUCGCUUCGAGAAAUGCCCGUUCCGAAGCAGAAGCAACAACUUGGUGAUAAACUUUUCCGAGUAGUAAAGGGAUUCGGCAUCAAAGGAGCGCCUAAAGUCACCAUCGCACUCCUCGAUCAAGAAGAACUUCGACCACUCGCACACCUAAUGAACAGUUACCCACCCGUCCUGAAAGAGAAAGCACUCCUUGCUCAGGCAGCUUUGUCCACUAGCAAGUGAAAUAGCAUAUAUAUACACAAAACGGCACUUCUUCAUACCAUUACCCCUCUUUUCCUCUCCCUUGUACAAUUGCUUUCGUCGCGAGCUAUAGUAAUCGCUUUUACGGUUAUUUCUUUACUCUUCCUCUUCUUUUCUUCAUUGCUCAGCUACGUAAUUUGCAUUUCUCGAUCCUGUUACGACUAACGCCUUUUCACGAAAAUGAAUCUCAUUUCGUUAUUUCACUUUCUCUAUAAUUACCUGUUUCCCCUCCCUUUCCUUUCUCUUUACUCCUUAUCCCAUUGACUUCUCGUCAUCCCAAUUUAC